ACAAGGUCCUUCAUCCUUGCUAUAGUUGUAGCUUAUGCUUAUCUAUAGUUAUACUUCACGGUCACAGUUCUAAACUUUACAGUUAACAGUUUGCAGUGGCAGGUUACUGAUGGUUGACGAACUGCAAAUGUUUGUUUUACAAGUCUGAAACGUUAUUUGGACACGUAGUGGAAAUGAGUUAAAACAACGGAGAGUGCCAGGGAAAAUGAGCCAAACCUACUCAACCAACUAUAACGUACUAGCUACACCCACGGCCCUUUAUACACUCUUCUACUUCAUUGUUUCGAUAUGCUUCGUCCUGAGGACGAGGGAAUUUGUGUUUGCCGGGCUGACAGUGGAAAAUCUUUUCGACUUCUUCCUCAAAAAUGAAGACAUCGACUUUAUUGGCUAUCAUGCUAAGAGGACGGUCAUCACUCUUUGUCUUCAUUCCUUACUCCCUUUAGGUUAUUUAGGUGGUGCUGCACUUUUUGCCGACAAGAAUCUGCUGUACCAGGACAAUAUUUGGUUCACAGCGUUUUUCCUUUUCAGCAUUGUAUUCCCAUCAUUGACAUUUACCACUGCAUACUAUUGGACGGUGAAUGAGUUCAACAACCAUCCAAUUGUUAAGACCCUUAAGCAAUUCUGUGACAACCGCACAUCAUGGAAAGCCAUUGCGGCACAUAUCGCUCGCGAAUACCGAAGAGUGGACAAGAUAAAUCUUCAGACGAGCACAGUCUGCAGGGUCGUUGUGACAGAUAACUGGAUUAUUAAAAUUUCCCCUUAUUCUUUGGACAUCGCGCACCAAAGAGAUUCAGUUUUGGUCUUGUGCACGACCGAUACCCACGUAUUAUCUCAUGAAGGCAAUGGUUCUGUGCAAUAUGUCAAUAUUGAAGUAAAAUCAACAAGACCUGGAAUCAAUUCAUUUUUUAUAAGAUGUAAUGCAUUAGACUUCAAUAAUAUACAGAAUCGGGUUCAGAUACCGAUUUCUAUUAUAGAAGGAAUUAAAUUUCAUAAAACAAAGAUUGAACACUUUUUGGAUGUUUUCAAGGAAACUGUAGAAAAAAAUCCACCCUAUAGCCCCCCACCACAGCAAGAAUUGGAAAAUUGCAUCGGAUGCAUGGUGGCUCAACCUUCGGUCAAAUUGGUUAAAUGCUGCAAAACUCCUGAACCUUGCACAAACUGUUACUGCAGGCCUCUUUGGUGUCUUGAUUGCAUGGGGAAAUGGUUUGCCACUCGCCAAGAACAGGAUCAUCCAGAAACCUGGCUCUCUUCCGUAUGCACCUGUCCUGUUUGCCGAUCGAUAUUCUGUGUCCUCGAUGUAUGCCCGAUUAAGUUACAACAUGAAAAUCAAAGUGAAACUUGAAAAAGAAAUUUUGAACUUCUUAUAUCUCUACAUAAAUUCUGAGGACUUUUUGCUACUUUGUUUUAAUUCAAAUCAAAUAAUCUCAUAUAUUGUUAAAUUUGUUUAACACAACUUAUUUAUAUAUAAUUAUCUUAUUGAUCAUAAAAUCAUACUUUUUUAUCCCUCAUAAAAUAUCUUCUUCAAUAAAGGUAUAAAUUUAUUGUAA